UUACUACUACAUCUUGGAUUCUCUUUCAUGUUCUAAAUCUAAUUUUUUUGCAGGGAACCCAUCAAACCGUGAACAUUUUCUUACACAUUUAUGCAAAGUUAGACUCAAAAUACACGUAUUUUUGUGUUGAAGACUUUGGUUUUCAUGUGGGUUUUUGAUUUAAAUGGGAGCUGGUAGGUUAUUACCCUCCUUGUCUCUGCUAAAUUUGGUUUAGCUUUAGUUUUUUUUUUCUUUUCAAAUUUAGCAAAUUCAACCAGGAAAAGGGUCUUUUUGCUGUCAAGUAAAAGUUUGAGGAGACUUGAGUAGUACUUUAUGUUAUCCAGAAUUGCUUUAAUUUUGUUUAUUUUUAAUCAACUGGGACAGAUAGAAAUUAUAGGAUUUUGUCAAACGUAGAAGAUGUGACUGGAAUGUGAAAAAAGGAAUGUUUUUUUUUUUUUGGUGAAAGAAGAGAGCAAGAAGAUAUGUGGAUAUUGAUGUUAAUGAUUCUUUUGCACCGAUUUAUUGUUUUAGAGUGGCAACUUAAGUUGCUGGGACAGGAUUUAAUUUGUUGGCUGCAAUCGUAUAACAAUGAAGGGGAGGUUUUGAGGUAUUAAGAGGUAUUGGCAAAAUUUCUGGUUGGCAAUGUAUGUGAAUGGAGAAGAUUGUGUAAGGAUUUUGUUUCAAGGAAAGGGAGAUAGUGAGUUAAAUCUGUCGGUUUUUUGCAGUUUUGUUUCUUAAUAUGCUUAUAAGUGGUCUUUAUUCACACAUCAUAGGGCAUGCAUGCAAGCUUUUUGUGGAAUCUAAACUUAAACAUUUUCCCUCUCUAAGCUUCUACCGUUCUGCAUAUUCAUUUAUUAUCAUUAUCAGCAUCAACAUCAAAACCGAAGGUAUAUUACUAUGUUUCUGAUUUUUUUUUAAUGUGUUUGUUCUUCUUCUUCGAGGUCUAUGCUAUCUUAAAUCUGUUGGUUUUAGGAUACCCACUCGAACCUAGAUUUAUUUUGUUACACAUAUAUAAACACUUGGACACAAAGACACUUGCUUUGAGAUGGGUUUUAUUUAUUUAUUUAUUUUUAUUUAGAUGGUUUUUCAUGCAAGGAGCUAGGAGAUUGUUGGAACAUUGUGUCUUCUAAGGUUUGUUUGAAGUUUUAGUCUUUAGUUAUGUAGAAUAGUUAUUUCUCUUAGCAAAAAGUCUUUUUGCAGGCAAGGAAAGUUUGAAGAGAGGUAAUAUUUUUCAGGGGUAAGAAGUACUUUAUGUUACUAGAAUUUCCUUAUUUUGGGUUAUUUUUUAUAUUGAACUUUUGGGAUGUGAUAAAAUUAGAGGAAGGAGUUUGGAAAGUGUGGAAAAUGUGAUUGAGAAAAGGAAUGGGUUUGUUGUGAAAAAAGAGAGUAAGAAAAUUUGCAAUAUAUGGAUACAAAUAUCGUGGAACGAAGAGUUUCUUUGCAUUGGUUUAAUAGUUUAGACUUUAUGGUGGCAAUUAAGUUGCAGGUAUAGGAUUUUGGUGGUCGCAAUCAUAUUUCAGAGAAUGAGAAGUUUCUGGACACAAUGAGAGUGGCAAACAGUUCUGGUUGGUUGUGCUUCAAAAGGAAGAAAACAGUGUGUGGCAAGGAUGGCAAGAUUUUGUUAGAAGUUUUGUUUCUCUAUUUUCCUUAAAGUGAUGUUUAUUCAGGCUUCACGUAAUUAACAUACUAUGAAGAUUAUGCUAGGGCUUAGUAGGGCAUGCUCCAAGCUUUCUUUUAUAGAAAUCUAAACUCAAAGUUCUCUGGAUUUCAUUGAGAGCUUGGCAGCUAAUGGUGACAAGAGAACUAGGGAGGAUCAGAGGAGGAAAAUAAGAAUGUAUCAAAGAAGCAAAAGCUGGAUAAAUCUAUGGAGGAGGAGCAAUUUGUGAGGUUUAAAAAGAUGAAAAAACAGGAGGAGGUGGGUCCUGUUAGGUUGGGUCCAAAGACUUUUGUUUCAGCAGUGGAGAUGUUCGAUUUUUUCUACAAUUUCCUUCAUUUUUGGCCUCCCAAUCUUAAUGUCAACAAGUUUGAGCACAUGGUUCUAGUGGAGUUGCUUAUGCAGGAUCAUUUGGAGCCUGAAAAAAAGAUUGGUUGUGGGAUCCAAGCUUUCCAACUCCGUUUUCGUCCAAUGUGGAAGACACGGUGCAUCUUCCUCAUUUGGGAUGAUGAGUUUGUUGAUGAUUUCAGUUUCUGGAAGCGCACGGAUAAUAUUCUUCCCCUGCCUGAGGACAUGAGAAUAAAAUCUGAUGCCAGCCUAUCUUCAGGUGGUGGUAAGAGUCGCAAAAGGAAAGGUGGUGGUGUGAGAAUAGGUGAACACAACCAUGGAAGAGGUGGUAAAUCAAGAAACUGAAUCAUUGUCUUUGAUUUACCUGGGGUGAGAGGUUUCAAAAUGAGGGUUCCUUGUCUUCAACUUUCCAUUGUCUGCACGUUGAUGUGAUUAUAUAAACAGAUUCCAUAUGGCAUUUAGUAGCCUCAGUUUGUUACUCAUGAGAGAUUAACAAGUUUAAAUCUGGACCAUCCUUUGUAUGUCGAUAAACUCUUUUGAUUUACUCAACUAAGGAAUUUCAACUGAAUUUCAUCCAGAUAUCAUGGAUCCUCAAUUGCCAAUGGAAAAGGUAUCUUUUGGCUUAAAUUCUACUGAGGAAAAUAACAAGAUAAAUGUAGUUCUUGUGGCAACUGGCAGUUUCAAUCCUCCAACUUUUAUGCACCUGCGAUUGUUUGAGCUGGCAAGGGAUGCAUUGCAAUCAGAGGGAUACCAUGUCAUUGCAGCCUACAUGUCACCUGUCAAUGAUGCAUACAAGAAAGCAGGCCUCAUUUCUGGGGAACAUAGGUUGCAGAUGUGCAGCUUAGCCUGUGAAACUUCUGAUUUCGUAAUGGUUGAUCAAUGGGAGGUAAACCAAAGCACUUACCAACGUACUUUGACUAUUUUGCAAAGAGUCGAGAGUUCAUUUACUAAUGGUAUGAAAAUGUCCAGAGAAUCCCUUAAAGUCAUGCUUGUUUGUGGUUCUGAUUUACUCCAGUCCUUUAGUAUUCCUGGUUUUUGGAACCGUGAUCAUGUAAGAACCAUAUGCAGCAACUAUGGUGUGGUUUGCAUUCGCAGAGAAGGGCAAGAUAUUAAGAAGAUUGUAUCUGAUGAUGAAAUUUUGAAUGAAAACAAGGGUAAUGUCAAAGUUACAGAUGAUCUUGUACCAAACCAGAUCAGUUCAACGCGAGUGAGGGAAUGCAUUUCAAGAGGGUUGUCCAUAAAGUACUUAACUGCAGAUGGAGUGAUUGAUUACAUUAGAGAAAAAGGUUUGUACCUGAACUAAGAUAAGAAAAAAGAUGAUUUCUAAUCAUAGUCAAAGCCUUCUGCAUCAACCAUAUUUCUCUACGUAUUUUAAACAGUCAGAAUUUACUUAAUGAAGCACCGCAACAUGAAACUAUAUACUUGUUUGCAUCUUUCGUUUAUUCUAACUCAUUUAUAUCUAGAUGAUUCUUUUCUUCUGAAUCCUUUUGAAAUACAAAGAAUGAUCUCUCGUCGAUCUUUUCUGCUA